AUGAAACAAAGACCUGACCUUUCGUGUGUCGUGGAUGAUGUACCUUUAUUAAACUCUGAGAUUAAGCCAAUGGGGGUCUGUCCUUUAAGCAAGAAAAAGGAUUUUGUAAAGAGAAACAGUGAUGCUCCUCAAUCAUGGUUUGUUCGUUUUUAUCUUUAUUUACUCGAGGCUUUCCAAUUGACACAGGUGAUAUUGUACAAACGUAUUUUAUGGACCUCCAAUUUGAUGGACUAUAUCGAUCAUGGCCCCAUUCUCACAACCAAAUUGGCGAUUGAUGAACCCAGUUUGCCUUUGGUCGAAUCAAACCUUGCUCAUUUUGUGGCCUUAGAGAGACGUGUAUGUGAAUUUGCUAAAGAUUACAAGCGUCGAAAAGGACCAUUCACACCGCCUCUACAAAUUCAAUAUAUGCGUAAUAUUCCAGACUCCACAGAUCCGAAACAUAAUAGGUUUAUAACGAAUAAUGAUCGAGCUUGA